UAGGUAGGUACCGCUCUCUUUGCUUUUUCCUCUCUGAAACGAUUCCCUUGCUUCCAACGUCAUCCUCCGCCCUGGGGUCAAGUCCGCGCGCGAGCGACAUUCAGCUACAAGUUACCACCAACCCACUAGGGACUUUCUAGUUUCGUCCGUACACCAUCGCCAACAGCCCUCCUCAACGCGACUACAACAACAGGCACAAGCACCAGGAACGCAGGACGCGAACACGCCCACAAUGUCGCCCACUCCGAACGGCAAUUCCUCCACUUCCAAUUCCCUCUUCUCCUCCGCCCUCAUUUCUCCCCAAGUGCUCUCCGCUCUCCCCGAAAACUACUCCAUCCGCCCGCUCGAACGAACCGACUUCGAACAAGGCUUCCUCGAUGUGCUCCGAGUUCUGACGCAAGUGGGAGACAUCACUCAAGAGGAGUUUGAGAAGCGAUUCGAUGAAAUGAAGGGUAGUACGAGUGAUGUGCAAAGCGCGACAGUGGCAGGUUCUUCGCGACCCAAUGCUGGUGGAUAUCACAUUUUGGUGAUAUUGGAUGCGGAGAAGAAGAUUGUGGGGACGGGAGCGUUGAUUGUGGAGAGGAAGUUUAUUCACCAUUUGGGACUUGUGGGACAUAUCGAGGACAUUGCGGUCACAAAGGAUCAGCAGGGCAAGAAGCUAGGGCUGAGGAUUAUUCAGGCCUUAGAUCACUUAGCUGAGAAGGUGGGCUGCUACAAGACGAUCUUGGACUGUUCAGAAGCGAACGAGGGAUUCUAUGUCAAGUGUGGUUACAAGAGGGCAGGCUUGCAGAUGGCGCACUAUUAUGACCAGAAAUCGUAAGCAGGACGAUGGAACAGUAUGCAUUUGGGAUAGACGAACACUACAGAAGAGCUGUACAGUCCACUGUUCAGCACAGUGAAGAGACUAGAAGUUCAAUGAAGAGGCAGCGAUAGAGUCUUGAGCACAUUCAGCUUAGAUACCUAUAUCAAGGACGUGAUGGAAGUUCAGGCACGUCGGGCGAGUGGCUCUGUCAUGUGCAAAUCGAUGACCAUUUCGCACUGUUUUGCGGGCCCGCCAAGCCGAUUAGCAGAGUUGCUAUAUCGCUUUGAUGGUUCUUCCAACAACGUAGUUUUCGCUUGAUGUUUAUUAGAUGUUAGUAAACUGUACUUAUCCUUCGC